AUUUUCACUGAAAACAAACAUUUUGACUCUUUAUCUCUCUGUGUAUGUGUUUAGAUGCCUUGCAGGUCUCUUUCAAACUGUAUUUUUUUCUGGACUCUAUUCAUCUCUUUUCUUACAACCUCACUGGUACCUGCAGCCUCUGACAGGGGAGGAAGAAAAAUUGUCCACGUGCUUGAGGAUGAAACAGGAGAGGUGAUUGUACAAACAGCCCCUGGUAUAGUGACUACACAUCGGGGAGGAACCAUAAUCCUGCCCUGCAGAUAUCAUUAUGAAGAGUCUGGAGAAGAGCCCGGGCCAAUCCGUAUCAAGUGGUCCAAGAUCAGUGACCAAAAUUCUUUCAUUGAUGUUCUUGUGUCUCUGGGGAAGGAGAGGAGAAUAUUCGGCCCUUUUAAAAAUCGUGCCUCGCUGCAGGAAAAUGGGCCAGGAGAUGCUUCUUUGGUAAUUCACAAUGUUACUCUUGAAGAUUAUGGAAGGUAUGAGUGUGAGGUGACCAAUGAGUUAGAAGAUGACACAGGAAUGGUCAAACUAGACUUGGAAGGUGUAAUUUUCCCAUACCAUACUCGACUGGGACGUUAUAGUAUGAACUUUCAUCAAGCUCUGCAGGCUUGUAAGGAGCAAGAUGGUAUCCUGGCUUCCUAUGACCAGCUCCAUGAGGCUUGGUUGAGCGGAUUAGAUUGGUGUAAUGCUGGUUGGUUACAAGAUGGUUCUGUACAGUACCCUAUCUCAAAACCAAGAGAUGAAUGUGGCAAAAAAGAUACCCCCACAGGAGUAAGAAACUAUGGCUACAGACACAAGGAUAAUGAGCGUUAUGAUGCAUUUUGCUUCACAUCCAGCCUCAAUGGAAAAGUCUAUUUUCUUAAAACCUACCGCAAGAUGAGUUUUCCAGAGGCAGCUAAAGCCUGUGAAGACAAAGGGGACUCACUGGCCAAGGUUGGCCAACUAUAUGCUGCCUGGAAGCUGCAACUUCUGGACAGAUGUGAAGCUGGUUGGUUGGGGGAUGGCAGUGUUCGUUAUCCUAUUGUAAAUCCACGAACACGGUGUGGUGGUUCUGAACCUGGAGUAAGGUAUUUAGGCUUCCCUAGUAAGAAAUACAAACUGUUUGGUGUUUACUGUUAUAGGGGGGCAAAAGAAAAAGAACCACAGGAGACGAUUAAAGUGGACACUAACAAUAUGAAAAAUAGCCAGGUGUAAUCAGCAUGAUUUGUUACAUCUAGGUAACUGCCAAAUUUAAGGAAAUGAAGAUGCAAAAUAUAUUUAAAGCAGGCACUUUCAUACAGGAGUGAAUUCUGAAUUAAUUAAGCGAUUAAUAUCACAUCAUGCUUAGGGUUAUAUGCUGAAUGUGCUCAGUUGUGCGGUGCUUAACUAUGGAGACUGCCAGAUGUUAUACUUUAUAGUGCAUAAAAUUUUAUUUAAAAUAUAACCAAGGACUGACCAAAAUAAAGGAGAAGUUUAGAGAGCAGAGUGAGGAGAGUGCCAAACUUAUUCACAUUCAUUUUUUAUAUAAAUGAAGUGCAUAUACCCUCUUACCAGGACUACCACAUCCAUACAGAAGGAGUCAACAAGUCAUUUACAGUUUUGUUUAGGAGAUAGUUAGGAGAUAGAUAUUAACGUUUCAUUGCAGGGUGUACAUUGUUAUGGUAUACAUCUCCAUGGGUACUACCACAUAACAAAGCAGGACCCACUCUAUGCCUAACUGCUGUCUGUGGGAUAGGUAAGAUUCAGUACUACAUAAUGUAUAAAAAUGAUUGGCAGGCCCAGAAACACAGAAAUAUGUCUACAAGGCCUUGAGGGAAAGACCCCAGGGACUGUGAGAAUAUAUUGUUGCAUAUUAGGCACAUUUAUCAGUGAGUAAAGUCACUGCUUAGCUUGCUUAUUUUUCAGUGGCAUUGAUCUUUGCAGGCAAUAAAAUAUUAGCAGCAUUCUGUGUCAGCUGCAGUGUAUGCAGAUUGAGGUAGGGAUAAUAUAGUUGGACUUUAAGGCAUUAGCCUCUGAUCAAGCGUAAAUAUGCACUGCAGAUAAAAAAAUAUAAUUUAAAGGAUAUAUAUCUGAGUGACUUCAAAUGGUGAAUGGUUAUAUGCUCUCUAGUAUUGUGUAUAAUGCACAUAAGUUCCACAGUUUAGUGAUUCUCACACCGUGAGAGAAAAAGGUAAACAGCAAUAAAUACAAAUUUCUUCUGAUAGAAUGGCCAAUUAAUUUUAUUGAGCUUGAACAUUAUGUGUGCCAUUGGCAUCCCCAUCCCUUGGUUUCAUCUCAGUAGAAUAUUAAUAGUAGAAUCAUAAACAGGACCUGACACAGUAUGUUUCACAACCAAUGGAUUUUAUUGAGCUUGAACAUCUGAUGAAGUGAGUUCAACCACUAACAUGCAUGGGUGUGUUGGAAGGAACCACCCAACAGAAGAAGCAUACCCUGCAACUCAGUGGGUCCAGGAAUGUAGAGUGCCCAGUAUGGCCCUAAAUGAUGAGCAAUUUAAUAUACCUAGGUAGAAUUGGUCAGCUUACCAAUGUUUGUGGCCCUAAAUUUAAACUGAAAAAAAACUACAAAGAAAGUCAAGUAUGUAUUAAGACCUUACACAUAAACAUGUUACCAAAGUCUGUCAUCCAUCAGGGCUAUUACACAGAGUACAUUCAUUUGCCAUUUGGAUACAGUAAAUUUAAUCAGAAAACAGAACUACUGAGAUAAAUGAGAAAAUACAGAGGGAGUGUGAGGGUGUCAAGAAGGUAUGAAGUUAUCAGAACUGCUGAAUUGCUUAUUUAUAGAAAACAUUUAUAACGACAUUGGUUGGAAACCAACUGUGAAGAAUAUUUGAAGCAGGUUCCAUGUUCAAUCUGAUGCCAGUGCAGUUAGUUAGAUUGGAGCUGUUUCUGGUGCUGACAAAGGUGACAUAAAAGAGACUUCAUAUCUUAAAGGAAUGAUCAAAGCACAUGUGAAUGCCACAACUUUCUUUGCUUGUGGUUUUUUGCCAACAUUGUAAUUGUAAUGCUGUCUGUCCUAACAAAUCUUUGUUAAAAAUAAAGCUUGGUAUGUGAA